AUGGGCAGCACUAAUGGCGUGAGCACCGGGAAGCCGGUUUUGUUCUUCGACAUUGACAACUGCUUGUACCCAAGAAGCGCCAAGGUUCAUGAUCUUAUGGCAAAGCUUAUUGACGAAUACUUCUCCAAGCACCUUGAGCUGCCCUGGGAUGAGGCUGUGAAGCUUCACAAGGAAUACUACACCAACUAUGGCCUGGCCAUUGAAGGUCUCGUGCGACACCACCAAAUUGAUCCUCUCGACUACAACGCCAAGGUGGACGAUGCACUACCUCUCGAGGGAAUCAUCAAGCCCAAUCCUGAGCUUCGACAACUCCUUGAGGACAUUGACAAGACCAAGGUUACCAUGUGGCUUUUCACAAAUGCGUAUGUGAACCACGGCAAGCGGGUGGUUCGUCUUCUUGGCAUCGACGACCUUUUUGAUGGGCUCACCUUUUGCAAUUAUGCCGAUCAACCGUUGAUCUGCAAACCCGACCCAGAGAUGUACAAGAAGGCUAUGCGCGAAGCAGGUGUGGAGCGAGUGGAGGACUGUUUCUUUGUUGAUGACUCUGCCUUGAACUGCACGCAGGCGAAAGAGUUUGGCUGGACAGCUGCCCAUCUCGUUGAGGAAGGGGUGCAGGUUCCCGAGACCCAGGCAUCACAAUAUCAGAUCCGCCAUCUUAGAGAGCUGCGUAACAUUUAUCCGCAAUUCUUCAAAUCGGCAUCAGAUGCUGCGUAA